AUGCGAAGAGCAGAUGAAUACCCAAAUGCUUCCAUCUUUGUCUUCUUGCCUUGCUUAGUGUUAAUGCAAAAUCAAUUUGCACUGGAACGCACGACGCAGGCGACAUCAAAGUUAAGCAAAUCGCCACCACGAUUGUUUAUACUUGCCUUGCAGUUUGCCGAUUAUAUAAGAGCUUGUCUCUUAGCGUUGAUGAAUAUCAUUAUGAUUGAUGGUACACAGCUCGCUUUGCAAUAA